AUGGUGAUGGAUAUUAUUGCAGUGAGGAAUAUGACGAUCUCGAGGAGCCAUUCUCUGACACCGAUGAUGAAACGGUGCGUCAUCGCCCUGAGAAGCCCAAUUUGUUCAUUCCACGUGGCCGUAUUCGAACUCUUUCCAGAACGGUGCCAACACCUUCUGAAUGAACACAAAAUUGUGGUGAAAGAACUGAAUUUGAUUGUCGAUCUGAAGCGUUACAUUGAGCAUUGGCGUCAGCGUUUUGCAAAAGAGAGUGUUGAAAAAAUUUUUCCACGCAUUGAGCCCGAUGAGAAGGAUCCCUAUCAUGGUAUUACUAAUUUUUACUAUGAAAUGUCGGAGAAACUUCCUGAAGAUUAUUUGCUCCGUCAACACCUGGCUAUGCGACAUCUGGACGAAGCACUUUCGUGCCAACAGCGCGAACGUGAGGACACCAAUUUCACUCAAAAAUGUAUGUACUGUCGUUACACUGCAAAAGGGAAUCGCAGCAAGAUCAUUCAUCAUCUUUACAUGAUUCAUCAUCUCAACCUUGGCUCACCAGAGAACCUGGUAUUUGUUACUGAGUAUAUUGAGCAUCUCAGAGAAAGGGUGGAGCGUCAGGAAUGCAUUCGUUGCGAGAAAACCUUUGCAGAUAGGAACGCUUUGAUGGAACAUAUGCGCAAGAGGAAUCAUAGAGAGGUGAAUCCGGCGAAUCACUACUACGAUAAGUUCUACGCUGGGUUUAAAGUUACGAGAUGCCGUUUGGCGUUGGGAAAACAUUUCAUUGAACGCGUGCUGUCUCUCUACCUCACCGAUCCUCUUACCUGUCUCUUCAUUCAAUUCAACACAAUCUUCGACAGUAUCGUUGAACCAAUCACAGAAAAGACUCGGCUUUUCCACACACAGCGUGCCCUAUCCACAGAAAAUCGUCCGUUUUCU